AUGUGUCAACUCAUGGGAAUGAACUGCAACACCCCCACGGAUUUUACGUUUUCCUUCAAGGGGUUUGCCAAACGAGGUGGUGAGACGGAUAAGCAUGAACAUGGUUGGGGAUUGGCCAUAUACGAAGGACGAGGCCUGCGGACCUUUCACGAUCCACUGCCAGCGGCCAAAUCACGGAUUGCCGAAUUUGUUUCUGGAUAUCCCAUUCAGACCCUAAACAUGAUGGCCCACAUUCGGUAUGCGACCCAAGGAACCGUCAGUUUGGAAAACGUGCAUCCCUUUCAGCGAGAAAUGUGGGGAAUCCAAUGGUGCUUUGCCCACAAUGGUGAAGUUCCAAAGUUUACGGGCAAGAAAUUUCAGGAUUAUCCUCGAUUGGGACGCUGCAAAGAACUCUUUUACUUUCCAGUGGGAGAGACGGAUUCCGAAGCUGUGUUUUGUGCCAUUUUGAAUGCCUUGCGGGCCGAGUUUGCAUCCUUGCCUACCUUGCCGAAUCUGUACGAAACCAUUCAACGAUUGUGUGCGGAAAUUGUGGAAGGGGAAGAAGACGAGACUAUUCUGAAUUUUUUGCUAGGGUGUGGAAAGUUUACACAAUUUGCGUACAGUUGGCCUGGAAAACGCCCAGGUUCCAAAGUUUGGAAUGGACUCUUUUUCACCAUUCGGAGACCUCCAUUUGCGACGGCCCAAUUGAAGGAUGUCGAUUAUGCAGUAGACUUUACAGUAUGCACCAACCCCAACGACCGAGUGGCGGUCAUUGCUACGGCACCCUUGACGAGCAACGAACGGUGGAGAGAAUUCAAAAAGGGAGAACUGUUAAUGUUUGACAAUGGUUGGGGAUAUUCCGAAAUACACGAUUGCCAUGAAGUCGAGCUACAAGGUCGGGGAUUGGUAUCGAAUAACAUGCCCAAACAAACCUGUGGUGGAUGUCCAGAAGCCCAAUCGGGUUUCAAUGCUCCCACUCUGCUGCGAAAUCAAGUCGACGAAUAUUUUCGAGAACAACAACAACAACAACAGCAAGCAGAUGGCUCAUCGUCAAUACAGCUGCCCUUUGCCAAGGAGGGAGCCGAUUUGGGCUGUGGCAGUGGAUGUUCUGGUUUGGCCUUUCGGGAUUGCGUCACACGGUUGACAGGAGUCGACAUUUCUCCCGAAAUGAUUGAUCGGGCCAAACUCCGAGGUUGUUACGACAACCUUUUGGUGGGAGACAUUGAAACUGCCAUUCAGGAUGCCAAUUCCAAAUUUGACCUGGUCUUUGCUUCCAAUGUAUUUGCCUUCAUUCAAGACAUUCGUGGAGUCUUUGCCAGUGUCCGCACCAGUCUCAAUCCCGACGGUAUUUUUGCAUUUUCGGCCGAGACGAUUGAUUUUGAUGAUGCGCCAUUGCUGGUUCCGGAAGUUGACCAGGUUGGAGAAGAGAAAAAGGAAGAAGAUGGAAGAGGAAUAGAAGCAGCAGCUAGCUGUGAUGAAAAUAAGGAAAAGAAGUUUCGGCUGGUGCUGCAGUCCUGUGCACGAUAUGCACACGAAGCUGGCUACAUUCAAGAGUUGGCUUCCGAAUUUGGUUUUGAAAUCGUCAAGACGCAAGAAUCCGACUUGCGAAAGCAUUGUGUGCACAUGGUGAAAAAUGCAGUCUAUGUCAUGGCGUGCCGCCGAUGA